CAAGUAUGUUCGGCGGCAUUUUGGUCGAAUUCUACAAAUCACAAUUAACUAGGAGUCAGUUACACGUUGCCUUAGGUCAACUGAUUGAUCCAAGAACGUUCGUGUUGGAGUGUUGAAUGUUAUCUCUAAUUUAUAAGGAAUACCAACAGGAAAAGACUCUUAGAAAAGCUCAGCUGGAAACGAAAAAGCAAACUAUGCUUGUUUCAAUUGAUGAGAUGACAAAUGGAUUAUUAACCAGAAUCGAUGAGAAUGUGUCAAAAGCAUAUAUAAAUCAGCAUCGACUAAAUAGUGAAUUCAAAGAGUUAAUAACUCAAUUACAUAUUUAUCAGAACCAUGUCAAUAUAUGGCUAAAGCUUGUUUCCGAUAUUCGUAAUGUACUUAAAGAACUCGGUGAUGUUGAAUGUUGGUCCAUGAAAAUGGAACAAGAUGCAAUGCUAAUUGAUAGUUGUCUACAAACAGUGCUCAGUCGUUAUUGAACACUAUUUUCCAUGAUUAUAAAAUUUGAUAUGGUUGUUUUAAGUGUAUACAUUUGGUAAUUUCUAAUUUCCUAUUAUCCUAUUUUAAAAUCAUAGUAUUUACUUGACAUUCAAUCAAAAUGAUAAAAUAACUGAGCAGAUGGUAUUCUUUUGUAUAUAAAUAAAUUGCAAAAAAUUCUAUGGAUAA